CGAUCCUCUUCCUCCUCUAAUGGCGGUUCUUCCCAUUUUCAUGGAGAAAAAUUGUAACUUGGAACUUUGUCUUUCUUCUUCUAUGGCUUCUUCCAAUCAUGAUUCCGGCGACCUCCGCCGCCACCAGCCUCCCCUCCACCCGUUCUCAGAUGAUGAGUCGAGCAAGAACUCUCAACAGCAGAUGACAAUUUUUUACAAUGGAAGAGUUUGUGUGGCUGAUUUUACAGAGCAUCAGGCCAGAGCUAUAAUAAUGCUAGCAACCCGACGAUCCACGAGUCGUCAACAUCGAUCGGAACUGUGUAAACGCGAAGAUGGCUCCGAUUCCGGGCUCUCCAUGAAGAGAUCUCUGCAGAGGUUUCUACAUAAAAGGAAGAAUCGGAUUCAAUCUGCUUCACCUUACACUCAAUAACCCAUCAAUUGAGAUGUUUAGAAUUGUAAUGUGUAAAGAACUUACUCUUUCUUGAGUUUCUUGAAUGAAAAUGUUGAGAAAGAUUGAUUUUUGAUAUCUGGGUUGUUUAGAUUGGGCCAAAUUUAGCGCUAAGAUGUAGAACGUUUCAAGUCCA